AAAGGAGCGCGAGGAGGAGCACACGCACACACUCACACACAGCACGCGCUCCCGGUCUGCCCGUCGGGUCGUUAAUGACCGCUCACCGGCCGGACUCCGCUCGAACCCCCCAGGUGCCUGUGGAGACACAUCGUUGCCCCGUUACUGCCUGAAUCCCGGUGGGAUCCUCGUUGACCGUCGUUGCUCCCCCCGUCAGCUCCUGUUCUCCUCCUGCUCUUCCUUCAUACCCCUCUCUCCUCCCCCUUCAGAAAGGAGAAAAAAACAAAACAAAACAAAAAGAAAAAGUGCUCCCCUCCUACUGUGUGUCUCCCUGUCUCGGGCUUAUUGCUCAAACCCUCUGAAGAGAGCAACACAGUCGCUGGCAAAGGAUGAAGCGGGUCUGCUUGCCAACGCCAGACAGAGGAUAGAAGACACAAAAGGCCUAGCGAAGUGUAGAGAGACUGCGAGCGGGACUGAGAGGACAACUAGAGCACAGUGCCACUACAAAACAGAGGGAAGCAACAACAAUCAAGAUGCUGCGCCGAAGGAAAGACACAAGUUUCACUUGAGCGUCAUGAGGUAGCGAGGACCUACAAGCAUUUCCAACUGUGGACCUCUUUUAUUUUUCUCACCGCCCCCCACAAACCUCCGGCUUACCAAACUGUACUUGGAGACGUCUGCUAUGCCUGUGUGAGUAGAGUUAGUAGCCAUGCCAGCCAAGGGAAAGUACCUGUUGAAUGAGCAGGAGCUGAAAAAUGAGGCGCUGUACCGCAAGUUUUCCUGCAUCAGCCAGUAUCAGCCGCUGGUGCUCCUGCUGGGCCUCUCCAUGCUCUCCUGUGGAAUCCUCCUCAUCCUCUUCUUCGCCCUUCGACUGAGAGCAGAGGAACAUUGUGCCUUUGUGAGCGUGGUGAGCGGCAGCCUGUGUGUGUUCCUGGCCGUGUUUGUGCUGGUGUGCACAGACAUGCUCUCGCAGCGAUGGAGGGGCGUGCUCGGCCUGCUCGUCUGGGCCACACACCUCACCCUGGGGUACACCUUCAUCUUCAACGGCCCCGUGGUCUUGCCUUGGGACCAGGUGCCUUUUUUCCUCUUCAUCAUCUUCACGGUGUACACCAUGCUGCCGUUCCAGCUGUGGUACGCCGUGGUGUUGAGUGUCAUUUCCUCCCUGUCCCACAUACUGGCCCUCACGCUCCGCCUCACGCUGUACAGCAGUGAGACCCGUCCCUAUCUCGCCCACCAGCUGCUGUCCAAUGCGGUGGUGUUUCUGUGUGGCAGUGUGGUGGGGGCCUUCCAUAAGGUCCUGAUGGAGAAAACCCUGCGGCAGACUUUCCAGGACACUCUGCGGUGCCUCAGCAUGCGGAUGAAGCUGGAGAUAGAAAAGCGGCAGCAGGAGAACUUGCUGCAGUCUGUCCUGCCGGUGUACAUCUCCAUGAAGAUGAAACUGGCCAUCAUGGAACGCUUGCAAGACUGCAAGGACAAAGAAGAGCAACAGCGGCUGGUCAAGGACAACAACUUCCACAGUCUCUACGUAAAGAGGCACGAGAAUGUCAGUAUUCUCUAUGCUGACAUUGUUGGCUUCACGCGGCUGGCCAGUGACUGUUCUCCCAAAGAGCUCGUCAUUAUGCUCAAUGAAUUGUUCGGCAAGUUUGACCAAAUCGCCAAGGAAAACGAAUGCAUGAGGAUAAAGAUCCUGGGAGACUGUUACUACUGUGUGUCUGGGCUGCCGGUCUCACUUCCUAAACAUGCCAAGAACUGUGUCAAGAUGGGCCUUGACAUGUGUGAAGCCAUCAAGCAGGUUCACGAUGCCACGUCAGUGGAAAUCAACAUGCGGGUGGGCGUCCACUCCGGCAACGUCCUCUGCGGCGUGAUCGGCCUCCGCAAGUGGCAGUUCGACGUGUGGUCACAUGACGUCACGCUGGCCAAUCACAUGGAGUCGGGAGGGCUCCCGGGACGUGUCCACAUCACAGAGGCAACUCUGAAGCAUCUCAACAAAGCGUACGAAGUGGAAGAGGGCAACGGCCACCUCAGAGACCCCUACCUGAAAGAGCUCAAUAUCCGGACCUACUUAGUCAUUGAUCCACGGUCUAAAGACCCUUCGCUGAACACCCGCUCAGCGCCCAAGCCUCGGCUGAACGACGGCCUGAAGAUGCGGGCGUCAGUGCGAAUGACGCGUUACCUUGAAUCCUGGGGCGCCGUCAAACCUUUUGCUCACCUCCAGAGCCGAGAGGGUUUCACUCCGGACGCCAUCAUCAACGGCAAGCCGAGUUUCAAGGACAUUCCGCUGCGACCAGCCCCCGUUUCCAGUAAUCCUGACAGGAACAAAUCCCAGAAGAGCAGGUUUGACGAGGAGCUCCAUAAUGAGAUGACCACAACCAUAGACGAGCUCAGCAGCAAGCAGUGGUCCAAGUCUGAAGAAAGUAGCAGUUUAGCGCUGUGGUUUCCAAAGAAAGACCUGGAAAAACAGUACCGAGCCCUGGACUUACCGAUGUUCAAGCACUACGUCGGCUGCGCCACUUUCAUCUUCCUCUGUAUCUUCUCGGUGCAGAUGUUCAUCACAAAAGAUCGACAGAUGCUGGGGAUGUCGUUCGGAGUCCUGGUUUGCGUGCUGCUGCUGACCCUCUCCAUCUGUUUCGCAGGUCACCUACAGCGCCUGUUCCCGGAGAAGCUGUCGAGGUGCCAGUGGCUGCCGGCCGUGUCGGAGGCGGUGGUUAAGCGGCCGUGCGUGCGCCUCCCCCUCGCCACCAUCACCACCGCAGCCAUCAUUAUCUUAGCUGUGUUUAACCUGUGCUUCGUCCAGACAGGUGUCAGUGAGGAUCGGGAUGACCUCUUCUGUCUGCCUUAUUCGGUCUACUGCUGCAUCUUGUCCCUGAUCGCAUGCGGGGUUUUCCUUCGCGUCAGCUUCGAGCUCAAAGUGCUCUUCCUCACGGUGGCCUCCGCAGCGUACUACGUCCUCAUCCUCAGCACCAAGAGGGAGCACUUUGUGGCUUACGGGAAUUUCCUGGACGGUCGGAUCAACAGCAGCUCCAACUACAGCAGCUGUGAAGACGAGUCCAUCCUCAGAUGUUUAGGGCUGGUAAAGCACCCCCAGAUCAUGAGCUGCAUCUACAUCACUCUGUUUCUGAUCACCAUGCUCAUCAUCGCACAGCAGAACGAGUCCUGCUUCCGCCAGGACUUCCUCCUGAAGUACAAGAACCGCACGGAGCAGGACGAGAUCGAGACGAGGGAGAACCUGAACCGGCUGCUGCUGGAGAACGUGCUGCCGGCGCACGUGGCCUCGCUGUUUGUCGGAGAGAAUAAGAAGAACGAGGAUCUGUACUACAAGUCCUACGACUGUGUGUGUGUGAUGUUCGCCUCGGUGCCGGAUUUCAAAGAGUUUUACACGGAGUGCGACAUCAACAAGGAGGGCCUGGAGUGUCUGAGGCUGCUCAACGAAAUCAUCGCCGACUUUGACGAGCUGCUGUCCAAACCAAAGUUCAGCGGCGUGGAGAAGAUCAAGACGAUCGGCAGCACUUACAUGGCCGCCGCGGGGCUCAGCGGGACGCCCGGUCAGGAGAACAAUCAGGACGAGGAGCGGCAGCAGGCGCAGAUCGGCAUCAUGGUGGAGUUCGCCAUCGCUCUGAUGGGCAAGCUGGACGGCAUCAACAGACACUCCUUCAACAGCUUCAGGCUCCGAGUGGGUAUUAAUCAUGGCCCGGUGAUAGCCGGAGUGAUCGGAGCGAGGAAGCCUCAGUAUGACAUCUGGGGAAACACGGUCAACGUGGCCAGCCGGAUGGAGAGCACCGGCGAGCUGGGAAAGAUCCAGGUGACGAUGGAAACGUCGGCCGUGCUGAAGAACCUGGGCUACUCCUGCGAGUGUCGGGGAUUCAUCAACGUGAAGGGCAAAGGGGAGCUGAAAACCUUCUUCGUGUGCACCGACAUGAGCAAGCAGCAAGGCAUGGGUCUGAGCUGAGGCCCGCCGACGGGAGCGGAGACGGACUCCCGCACACAAAGUCCAGAGUUUACAGACUGUUGCACGCCGCCCGGCGUCGACCCGACGGGACGGACUGCGGUGUGUUCCCGCCACGUCGCUGGCUUUAGAGGACGGGCUCCUCCGCUGUACGCUGGACGCCACAUUUAACGUGUUGCGCCGAUCACGUGACGGCGGCUCCGAGGGGAAUGAAUGGUCAGUAUGUAACAACCACCCUCUUGUUCGAACGCUCUUUCGCGUCCAGUGAUUUAGUCACUUUUGUACUUUUGUUCUGUCUCUUAACUCAAUGUGAUAGAAAAGUGUGUAUUGUACUAAUGCCAAACACAGUUGUUAUUUUAUAAGGCCUGCUGGGUUAAAAGAGAAACGAUGGAUUCUGUUCGGAUCAUAGUUUGAAAGGCUGUGCGAGACGUGAUUGUUCCUCUGCUGUUACUGUGUAAUGAGCAGGACAGAUUCGAAGUGUUUUAAUGUCACAGACAGGAGAUGGACUGAGGUCUCCCUCCUUCCUGAGAACAACAGGCCGAGCUACAAACCCCGAUGAGGAGGACCUCAGCCGGAAGGACUCGGGAUGUGUUUUUGGUUCUGCUCAUUCUAACAGUCGUCUUUAUUAGGAAAUAGAUAAAUCAGUGUGCUGUAUGUACGCCGUCUCUUUAAAGUUUACUCGGCUUGGAUAAGAAGUCUGUCCUCAGUGUCCUUUCUGCUGCCUGUCUGCAUAUAUGCUGCAAUGAGGGGAAACCCGUGGCGCUCUCGUCAGUGUCCUGUGAAUGUUUUUAACGGCUUCGGCUCAGACGACCACCAGACCCGACCCCGACUGCUCUCUGUGCCUCUGAAACUUGAUUUGUCUCGUGGCCUUAUCUCCUGAGAUCAACAUCUUGUCAUUGUGGCUACAUAAUAAUAACAUUAAUAAUACUGUAUUUGGCCUUUCCGUGAACAAACGUCAGACUUUUUGUACAGUUGCAGAAUGUA